AUGGAGCUGGAGGAGCAAAAAGAAGAAGGGAGGGAUGAGAAGAUGAGAGUCCUGUUCCUGGUGAAUAACAGGGAGGUCUUGGAAUGGGCGCGGGACCAUUCUUUUGCAUACUCACCCUCUCCUCACUCACCUCCUGACCCUGUGCCAACUUUGGCUUUAACAGGGACCCAGACCCGCUUCAGCCAGGAGCCAGCCGAUCAGACCGUGGUGGCCGGACAGCGGGCCGUGCUCCCCUGCGUGCUGCUCAACUAUUCGGGGAUCGUGCAGUGGACCAAGGAUGGUCUGGCACUGGGCAUGGGGCAGGGCCUCAAAGCCUGGCCACGGUACCGCGUCGUGGGCUCUGCAGAGGCCGGGCAGUACAACCUGGAGAUCACAGACGCCGAGCUCUCUGAUGAUGCCUCUUACGAGUGCCAGGCCACGGAGGCCGCCCUGCGCUCCCGGCGAGCAAAACUCACCGUGCUCAUCCCCCCAGAGGACACCAGGAUUGAUGGCGGUCCUGUGAUCCUGCUGCAGGCGGGUACCCCCCACAACCUCACGUGCCGCGCCUUCAACGCCAAGCCUGCCGCCACCAUCAUCUGGUUCCGGGACGGGACACAGCAGGAGGGUGCUGUAGCCAGCACGGAACUGCUGAAGGAUGGGAAGAGGGAGACCACCGUUAGCCAGCUGCUCAUCAACCCUACAGACCUGGACAUUGGGCGUGUCUUCACCUGCCGCAGCGUGAACGAGGCCAUCCCCAGUGGCAAGGAGACGUCCAUUGAGCUCGACGUGCACCACCCUCCUACGGUGACUCUGUCUAUUGAGCCCCAGACGGUGCAGGAGGGCGAGCGCGUCAUCUUUACGUGUCAGGCCACGGCCAACCCAGAGAUCCUGGGCUAUAGGUGGGCCAAGGGGGGCUUCCUGAUUGAAGAUGCCCAUGAGAGUCGCUAUGAAACUAAUGUCGAUUAUUCCUUCUUCACGGAGCCCGUGUCCUGUGAGGUUCACAACAAAGUGGGGAGCACCAAUGUCAGCACUCUAGUCAAUGUCCACUUUGCCCCUCGGAUUGUAGUUGACCCUAAACCCACGACCACAGAUAUUGGCUCUGAUGUGACCCUCACCUGUGUCUGGGUUGGGAAUCCCCCCCUCACCCUCACCUGGACCAAAAAGGACUCAAACAUGGUCCUGAGUAACAGCAACCAGCUGCUGCUGAAGUCGGUGACCCAGGCCGAUGCCGGCACCUAUACCUGCCGGGCCAUUGUGCCUCGAAUCGGAGUGGCCGAGCGGGAGGUGCCACUUUACGUGAAUGGGCCCCCCAUCAUCUCCAGCGAGGCCGUGCAGUACGCCGUCAGGGGCGACGGCGGCAAGGUGGAGUGUUUCAUCGGGAGUACGCCACCACCAGACCGCAUUGCCUGGGCAUGGAAGGAGAACUUCCUGGAGGUGGGGACCCUGGAACGCUACACGGUGGAGAGGACCAACUCGGGCAGUGGGGUCCUGUCCACGCUCACCAUCAACAACGUCAUGGAGGCCGACUUUCAGACCCACUACAACUGCACUGCCUGGAACAGCUUCGGCCCGGGAACAGCCAUCAUCCAGCUGGAAGAGCGAGAGGUGUUACCCGUGGGCAUCAUUGCCGGGGCCACCAUCGGUGCAGGCAUCCUGCUCAUCUUCUUCUUCAUCGCCUUGGUGUUCUUUCUCUACCGGCGCCGCAAAGGCAGUCGCAAAGACGUGACCCUGAGGAAGCUGGACAUCAAAGUGGAGACCGUGAACCGGGAGCCACUCACGAUGCAUUCUGACCGGGAGGACGAUACUGCCAGCGUCUCCACGGCGACCCGUGUCAUGAAGGCCAUCUACUCGUCCUUCAAGGAUGACGUGGACCUAAAGCAGGAUCUGCGCUGUGACACCAUCGACACCCGGGAGGAGUAUGAGAUGAAGGACCCCACCAAUGGCUACUACAAUGUGCGUGCCCACGAAGACCGCCCGUCUUCCAGGGCAGUGCUCUAUGCGGACUACCGUGCCCCCGGCCCUGCCCGCUUCGACGGCCGCCCCUCCUCCCGCCUCUCCCACUCCAGCGGCUACGCCCAGCUCAACACCUACAGCCGGGCCCCGGCCCCCGACUACGGCCCUGAGCCCACGCCCCCUGGUCCUGCUGCCCCCGCUGGCAACGACACCGCCAGCCAGCUGUCCUACGAGAACUAUGAGAAGUUCAAUUCCCAUCCCUUCCCCGGGGCAGCGGGGUACCCCACCUACCGGCUGGGCUACCCCCAGGCCCCACCGUCCGGCCUGGAGCGGACCCCAUACGAGGCAUACGACCCCAUCGGCAAGUACGCCACCGCCACGCGAUUCUCCUACACCUCCCAGCACUCGGACUACGGCCAGAGAUUCCAGCAGCGCAUGCAGACGCAUGUGUAG